GUGGUGUGGGUGCUUUACAGGAAGAUUGGGUUUGUCUGCACUGAGCCAUCCCAUUUAUGCCGGCGCCUGUGUGAGAAGUUGAAUAGAUGAAGAGUGAGACAGUUGAACAGAGACACAGUCUAAGUCCUGCUUCAGUUUUAGCUUUAGUUUCAUUUGAGCUGUGAAAUGUCAGUAACGAGAACAAUUCAACAACAUUAGAUUCUUCUUCUACUCUCAUCACCAGGUUGGUGCUUCAAGGUGUGAAGGUGUUUUUUUUUUUUCUUUCUUUUUUUCAACCAUCAGUUGGAGACGCAGAGAAUGCUGCUCAGAUUGUCUUAUCAGGGACUGGCAUAGCCUGACUGUAGGACUGCUGAAGGGAGGAGUCAACGCAACUAAACUGAACUCUUCAUUUAUUCCAAAAGAACUCACACAACACCCCAAACAGUCAUUAAUUCAGCAGCAGCGGGAACAUGGACAUGUAGUUCAAGGUGUUUACUGAAAAUCACGAGUCUGUCCUGAAUGUGUUCAACGACCAAUUGUGUUCUCCCACUGAGGAGGACCUGUGAGGUACUCAGUUCUCCGGGGAGGGUGUGCGGAGGAGUUCCUAUGCCAUCUAAUUUCUGUGGAGCCAGGCCUCAUGGAGCUCCUCAGGACACAGAGAUGGAUGUGGCCUGGCAGGAACUAAUGGCCAUCUCUGAGCUGCAGGAGUUCAAUAUUCCUGGCGAUGGUUCCUUUGAAUCGACCCAGUAUCAGAGCCCUGAGUCUAUGGUCCCUGUUGGAGGAUAUGGGAUGGCUCAGUGUCACCUUGAGCGACCUUCUGCAGCCUGUAACGUCAGCUCUGCUGACACUUUCAACGGAUGUUACCCUGAAGAGGCUGCUGCUGCUUAUCGUCCAGGCAUCAACCUGGGGCCAACCUACGCACACGGUGAAUAUCAGCACAAUCAAAGAUCCCAUCCCACCUCCUCACAACCUACGCCAUCACUCAUGGCUCUCAGGGAACAGAUGAGCUUCGCAAGGAUCAGUCAAGGACACAGAAGAGUCAACACAACACACUCCUCUCAGGGCACGUAUCAACAUGGGCUGUGGACUACACAUGGACAAUGUGUUCGCUCAGCUGAUGACAUUGAAUCAGACUCUGGUCUGUCUCUGGGUUCUAGUCCUCCUCUGCCUUCUCCUGAUGAUCCCAUAAAUGCAGUUCCAGGGUACCAGGGUGUAGACGUAGGUAUGACAUAUAGUGACGGAGAACAAGGACUGACAGAACAUGCCAGAAGAGCUCAUAUACAUUACUCUUUGGAUCAUCACAGCUCACCUCAGUCAUACACAGACUCAGGGGCGCAGUCCAACUAUUUAGCCCAGCUGACUUCUCAUACACAGCACAGCGCCAUACAAAUCAAACAGCACAACUCGGCUGCUGUGCGGAAUCUUUACAGUGACUCUGGAAUAUCCAGCAGAGGGAGCUCUCACCUAAAGCUGUACAGCAAACCACAUGGGAGCUCACCUUCUCAAGCUCCUUUCAGCAGAGAUGAGCGAAGGGCAGUGGCUCUGAAGAUCCCAUUCCCCAUAGACAAGAUCAUCAACCUCCCAGUCGACGACUUCAAUGAGCUCAUGACACAGUACACUCUGACAGACACUCAAAUGGCACUGGUCAGGGACAUAAGGAGGAGGGGCAAGAACAAGGUUGCUGCUCAGAACUGCAGGAGGAGGAAGCUGGAAGGUAUAUUUCACCUGGAACAAGAACUGAACCAGCUGCAGGUCCAAAAGGAACACUUGACCCAAGAAAAACUUGAGUUCCAACGCAGCUUAGCGUUCGUAAAACAUCGCCUUACAGACCUGUACACAGAAGUAUUUGCUCAUCUACGUGAUGAAAAUGGACAACCAUACUCGAUAGAUGAAUACUCUUUACAGCAAACACCAGAUGGAAAGAUUUAUCUUGUGCCCAGAGAUUACACCAAAGAAAGGUCAAUGCUCAAGAACUAGUCACGCUCUUAAUUUUGUAAAUGCUUAAAUUAAAAGCUGGUGUGAAGAAGCCAUUCCAUGUAAAUCACAAGACAACUUCUAUUAAAAAAAAUAAACUUUAUUUAAAAAUUUACUGUAUAUAUAUAUAUUCACAUAAAUACACACUGCAUAGGAGUGAGGGAUAAAAUUCUUCAGCACCACAAUUGUCAACCUACAGGGCAAAAGCAAAGUGUUAAAAUUCAACAUUACAAUAAAGUGUGGUUGGCAAUGAUGUAAUUUUUGUACCUGAUUGACAAAGUCAACAAGAAAAA